AUGCGAUCGGAAGAUCAGGAUAGCCCAGAUACUGGAGAUUGGCUCGAGGUAUUAUUUGCGCUGGACUCUAACAAUGUCGGAAUGGACCUGGAAUUCGAGAAUAUUUCUUUGCGCAAGCCAAAAACAAGGGACUUCAUUUUAUCUGGUGUCACUGGCAAAGCGCACUCCAAGAGCCUGACGGGUAUUAUGGGGCAAUCUGGAUCUGGGAAGACUACUCUUACCAACAUACUUGUUGGUAAAGUUCGGGCUGAUUCGGGAUCUUUGAUGCUCAACAAAGUUCCACGAGAUUUGGCAAAAGGAUAUCACUUCCCUGCGCUGAUAGGAUUUGUCCCGCAAGAUGACAUUGUUCAUCCACAUCUGACUGUAUUUGAGAAUAUCCUACACUCAGCACGGGUCCGACUUGGAGGUAAUUUAGACGAUCAAGCGAUUCAAGAACGUGUGAACCUCGUCAUUGAUGGUCUGGGCUUAACAAAAGUUAAAUCAAGUGUUGUUGGAUCACCACAAAAACCUAUUAUUUCUGGCGGAGAAAGGAAAAGAGUUAGUAUCGGCUUGGAACUUGUCGCGGCACCUCAAGUUCUAAUCCUCGACGAACCGACAUCUGGACUUGACGCCCAAGCUGCCCUAUCCAUAAUGGCUCUGCUAAAGCGUUUCUCCAAAGAAGGCCUCACAGUCAUUUGUGUUGUUCACCAACCUCGUGUCGAAAUAUUCGAAGCGUUAGACAGUCUCCUCGUUUUGGAACAGGGACAAUGCAUAUACAGCGGCAAAGCAAUGAAUGCGAAGCAAUAUUUCGAAGACCAAGGAUUUCAUUUCAACCCCACACUUAACCCUGCCGACCUCAUAAUUGAUAUCGCUUCUGGUAAAUUUGAGGCUGGUCGGACCAAGCUAGAAGAAUGGAAGCAGCCAAAAUCGCCGAACGAAACAAUGGCACAUUCGUCGUCGGGAGAGAGCGAUCGAGAGCAUACAGAUUUAUCGUUUCGCAGGAUUGAAGCAGACUAUAACAAGAGGUUUGCACCCUGGUACAGACAGAUAUGGCUCUGUAUUCUGCGUGACUUGCUCCAGCAAACCAGACAGCUUGCUGUUUUUGUAGUCGAGAUCACCGGUGCAGCUUUAACUGGAACUCUCAUUGGACUGGUUGCUCACGAGUUCCAUGGCCAGGUAUUUCAAGGAAUUUAUUUAUCCCCGUUCAGUACACUUUCAAGCGCUGUGAAUUAUGGCACCGUGACUGAAAUUGGAGUUUUGACUUGUCUUGCGAUUUCAUUCUCGGCAGCUUAUCCAAGCGUGGCGACAUUUGCAGAAGAAGAACUCGUCUUUAAACGCGAAUCUCACUCCGGGCACUCGGAAAGUGCAUACUUCAUCGGAAAAGCAAUUGCCGUGCUUCCUCGCCUUUUCCUCGCCGCGAUACAUUUUACUACUGUAUACCUGGUUCUAGCUACCCCAUUCGCGUCAUUUAACAUGCUUCUUACAUUGAACUUCCUUUACUUCUAUUGCAUAUACGGCCUUGGAUCCGUCGCGAUCGCGAUCUCUAGUCCUGCAAAUAGCCCACUCGUUUGCCUUCUUAUGGCCAUUGUCAUCGCCGUCCUUGGUGGCUCGCAGCCUCGGUUGGCGACGGUAAAAAACUGGCAUUUGGAAUGGCUUUGGGACAUGAGUCCAGGUCUUUGGUUCACAGAGGCUGUUGUGAAUGAGCAUGUGAAACGUCUUGAGUAUUUAUACGACAUGAAGGUUGCUGGAUACCAAACUGGCUACACAUUUGGCCGAACAGGGUUUGACAGCGGGUAA